AUGUCCCACCAAGAGGAAGAAAAGAUUACCCAAAACGAAGUUGCUGGAAACGGCGCUCAAGGAGAGGAGAAACCUACUGGGGAAGAAGAGUUUGUCAACAUUGAUGAAGUUGAAGAAGUUUACGAAGAUGUAGAUGGCGGAGAAGGUCCUCAAGAUGAGGAUCAUAGUAUGGAUGAAGCAGAAGCAGAAGAAGUAGAUGUAGAAGUAGAUAUAGGUCAAGAUGAGACCUUAGAGAUAGACAUGUCCAAUAACUCAUGGACGUAUUUCGAUAAGCAUCAAGACAGCGUGUUUACCAUUGUUUCUCAUCCAAAAUUGCCCAUGGUUUUCACAGGCGGAGGAGACAAUAAGGGAUAUUUAUGGACAACACAUACACAGCCACCGAAGUUAGUUUUUGAAGUUUGUGGCCAUGAGGAGAGUAUAAUUUCUGGAGGUUUUACCGCAGAUGGCAAGUAUCUAAUCACCGCUGAUAUGAAUGGUCUAGUACAAGUUUUCAAAGCAAACAAGAGUGGUGAGAAAUGGAAAAAAUUUGCAGACUUGAAUGAAGUUGAAGAGGUUUUGUUUGUUUCUGUACAUCCCACCUUGCCUUAUUUUGCCUUUGGAGCAAAUAAUGGAUCUGUUUGGGUAUAUCAAAUUGAUGGUGAAGAGAGUAAACUGUUGGUACAAAUAAUGUCUAGUUUUGCUCAUACUUUAGAGUGCAACGGGGCUGUAUUUAUUCCAGGAAAGGACGAGAACGAUUUGAGAUUGGUGUCCAUAUCUGAAGAUGGAACUGUUGUCAAUUGCAAUUGUUUCACAGGAGCGGUGAACUACAAAUUACAACCGCACGAUGAUUUCAAAGGUGUGGAAACCCCCUGGGUUACCAUCAAGAAUUAUGAAAAUUUGAUUGCUAUUGGAGGAAGAGAUGGACAGUUGUCGAUAAUAAAUAACGAUACAGGUAAAAUUGUCUCGUCGAUAAAAACCCUUGAUGAUGUGGAUGACAUUGCUGAAUUAUCGAUAGAGGCAUUGAGUUGGUGCAAGCGUAAAAAUUUGAGUAUAUUGGCAGUAGGGUUGGUUUCUGGUAACGUUUUGUUAUUCGACACUCAACAAUGGAGAGUAAGAAAAAACAUAAAAGUAGAUGAUGCCAUUACCAAAUUGGAGUUUAUCGAAGAUUCUCCUUUGCUUGUUGGCUCAUCGAUGAAUGGCAAAAUUUAUAAAUGGGAUGCGCGAACCGGAGAAGAGUUGUUUGUUGGAGUUGGCCAUAAUAUGGGGGUAUUGGACUUUACUGUACUAGAAAAGGGUAAGAAACUAAUUACUGCUGGUGAUGAAGGCGUUUCCUUAGUAUUUGUAACUGAAUAA